AUGGAUUACAAUUCAGACAUUAUCCGGGACAAUAAUCCCAUGGACAGUUUGGAGAAACAGUUAAUUUGUCCUAUUUGUCUUGAAAUGUUCCAGAAACCUGUUGUGAUCUUACCAUGCCAGCACAACCUGUGUCGGAAAUGUGCCAACGAUGUGUUUCAGGCUGGGAACCCAUAUUGGCCAACACGAACGUCUGUGUCUGGGGGAAAAAUUUCGAUGCCCAACAUGCCGUCAUGAGGUUAUUUUAGACCGUCAUGGAGUUUAUGGGCUGCAAAGAAACCUACUUGUGGAAAAUAUAAUAGAUAUCUACAAGCAGGACUACAGUCGACCUGAGAAGAAAAAGGAGAACCAUCCAAUGUGCGAAAAGCAUGAAGAUGAGAGAAUAAACAUUUACUGUAUCACCUGCCAAGUUCCUACAUGUUCCAUGUGUAAAGUGUUUGGUGCUCAUAAAGACUGUGAAGUGUCUCCCCUCCAGAAUAUUUACCAAACUCAGAAGACAGAGCUUAGUAACUGUAUAUCAAUGUUGGUUGCUGGUAACGACAGAAUUCAGUCAAUCCUUGGCCAGUUGGAAGAGUUAUGUAAAUCUGUAAAGGAGAACAGUCAAAAGAAGAAGGACUCUGUGAAUGAAGUAUUUGAAGAAAUGAGCAGAGUCCUUGAAGAAAAGAAGGCUGAUCUUGUACAAAGGGUAUCGCAAGCUGAAGAGGAAAAGAUUGAUUUUGUGCGCACCCUCAUAGCUAAAUAUCAGGAGCAAAUUCAGUCCUCUUCCAACUUGUUGCAAAGUGCACUUCAGGCUUCUGAACAGGCUGGCCAUGCUACCUUUCUGUUGGAAAUCCAAACAGCUUAUUAAAAGGAUUAUGGAUGCUUCUAAAGGUAGUCAGUUAGAGAAAACAGAAUCUGGUUUUGAGCACAUGGACCAAUUAACUUUGGACACUGAACAUAUUCUUGAAUGCCUAAGAAGCCUUGAUUUUGGUACAGGUUGUGAUGAUGAUGAAGAGGAAGAAGAUGAAACUGAGGAAUAUGAGGAGCCAGAAGAAGAACAACCUGGUGGUAAGAAA